CAACCGCAAAAAGAGUCCAGUCUUCGGCACGGGGAACGAGUUCUGAAUACAGUCGCUUCCUGGUCCCCCUACUAUCCAUAUUCCACGCCCCCACGAUGACAUCCACAACACCCCCCGAAGUCGCCGCCCGCGUAGAGGCCUACAUCCCCCGCUUCAAACUCACCCGUCUCCUAAACCAAGACCAAGCCGGACGUCGAAUAUCCCUCCUGGGCGAAAUUGACUCUCAGCCCGCGGUUCUCAUAGCAGAGCGCGCCGCUUUUGCCGCAGACCAUGACCACCUAGCCUCCUUUCCGACUUCCCUCACCAAGAUCAAGAACCUCGGCGCAAACGACAUCUACUCGUGGUUUCUCGCCAACUCCAAUCCGGACUCUACAGGGCAGGCAGAAACGCCGCCGGAUUUCAAGCUCAACCUCAUCUAUCCGUGUACGGAGAAGCAUGCUAAGAAGUACUCCGCCCAAGGAUUGCGGGUGGUGAGCGAAACGCCCGAAGUCUACUCCUCCUACAUACGGCCGUGGAUCCAACGGCAGCGCGAAAAGGGAACGCUGAACUGGGUAUUUAACAUCAUCGAGGGCCGGACAGAGCAAGAAGACGUGAUAUACCGCGAGCACGGGGACGAAGGCUUCCUCCUACUGCCCGAUCUGAAUUGGGACCGGAAGACUCUGCCCGGCCUGCAUCUCCUCGGCCUCGUGGAGCGCAGAGAUAUAUGGAGCGUGCGAGACCUCAAGAAAAGCAAUAUCGAAUGGCUCAAACAUAUGCGGAACCACUUCCUCGACAGCACUGUGAAGCUGUAUCCCGACAUUGACAGGGAUCAGUUGAAGCUUUACGUACACUACCAGCCCACUUACCACCACUUCCAUAUCCACAUCGUGCACGUCGCCCUCGAAGCGGGCAACACGCAAGCCACUGGUAAAGCGCUCGGUCUUGAAAGCAUCAUCUCCCAGCUCGAAACCAUGCAGGGAGGGCCUGAAGCGGGGAUGCAAAACGUGAGCCUGACAUAUCACUUAGGCGAGGCGAGCGAGCUGUGGGAGAAGGUAUUCCUGCCCUUGAAGGAAGGUGGAGUAGUGGAUGUUGGUACCUUUUAAGAAGUUCUGAUAGGGACACUGGGAUAGAAAGAGGAUUAGAUAUUAAAUGAGAGCUCGCCAGCUCCGCAGGCAGGUCGGAUGCGAUGCAAUAGCUAAAGCAUGAAACAGCCCACAACGCCAUACAUGAU